GCUGAACAUAUUUUUUUUCAUUCGCGCGCCAUGUUCGUGUAGCAAACGCAUGCACGCCGCACGUGAAGCUGAAGGCUAGAUCAUCUAGGCACGGUCCGGUCACCGGUCGUCUCUUGAAAAAAAUACUGAAGGCUGUCGCGACGUCGAUGGACGACAGGUACACAAAAACAAAGACCUGUAGUUUAGCAUCAGACACAGACAAGAUGGGAAAAGGAGGCAACCACACAGAAUCCGCUGUAGCAGAGACACAGGCCUCCAAUCUCGGGACCAUACCAUGGGACGAAGUCAGCAAGCACAAUGGCCGUGCUAAAGAGGACCCAAGCAAGUGGCUUGUGAUCAAUGGCCAGGUGUACGAUGUUACGGCCUGGACGAAAAAACACCCGGGAGGUUCCAGGCUUUUGUCACACUACGCUGGGCAAGAUGCUUCGGAACCCUUCACUGCCUUCCAUCCCAACAUGAGCAAGGUUCAGAAGUACCUCAAGGGCCUAAAAGUCAUCGGCAAGGCAGAGCAGAGGGAGGAAAGGAGGGAAAUCGAGGAAGAUCUCAAGAAUUUGAGGAGCACUGCCCAGAAAAUGGGUCUGUUUGAAGCCAACUACUUCUUCUAUUUCCUCAUGCUUGUACAAGUUGUCUUCUGUGACCUCUUUGCCUACAUCAACAUGUUGUACUUUGGGGCUGGAUGGGGGACGUUUGUUGCGGCUGCCCUCCUUACAGCAACUGCACAGGUUCAAGCCGGUUGGUUUCAACAUGACUUGGGCCAUCUGUCAGUCUCCAAGAGUCGUACAGUGAACCGUGCUCUCCAUGCGUUGCUGAUGGGAGUUAGCAAGGGUGCCUCUGGCAAUUGGUGGAACCACAUGCACUACCAGCAUCACGCUAAGCCAAACGUAAUGUACAAGGAUCCCGAUGUGAGACUUGAAGCCCUCUUUGUCGUCGGGGAGAACAUGCCCAAGAAAAUGGCUGAGAAAAAUGCCGCCAAAGGAAAGUCCAGCAUGCCCUACAACUAUCAGCAUAGGUACUUCUUUAUAAUUGGGCCGCCUCUUCUGUUCCCCGUCUACUUCCAGUUCAUGACCUUUUACUACUGUGUCACCCGCAAGGAAUGGAUGGAUCUGUUUCUAAGUGCAACCUACUACGUCCGCUUUGCUCUGUUCUACAUACCACUACUCGGUUUCUGGAAGACACUCGUGCUGUUUGAGUGCAUGAGGGUGUUGGAGAGCAUGUGGUUCACCUGGGUGGCCCAGUCCAACCACAUACCCAUGAAUAUCGAGGAGGAUCAGGGAAAGCCGUGGUUAGCGUUACAGCUGAGUGCUACUUGCAACAUCCAGCAGUCCUGGUUCAACGACUGGUUCACUGGGCAUCUGAAUUUCCAGAUUGAGCACCACCUAUUUCCUACCAUGCCACGUCACAACCUUUACCGCAUCGCCCCGAUGGCCAAAUCCCUCUGUAAGAAACACGGCAUUGAUUAUCAGCUGAAGACUCUGGGCUCAGCCUUCGUAGACAUUGUAACGUCUCUGGAAAAGUCUGGCAAGAUCUGGUUUGAUGCCUACUACAGCCUGCGACAUGAACUCUAAGGUCACAGGUCACGAAGGUCAAAAGUCAUAUGAUUGAUUGCAUGUUGUAUAUGUUAACAAGCAUCUGUUUCGUUUAAAAUGCAGCUGGCAUGAUCAGUCCAUACAAACACACGUAGCCCAGGCUUUCAAGUCUUCCUACUUGUCCUAAUUUUCCUAGUAUUUUUACCUUGCUCCUACUUUUCCUACUUCUUUUGUUGAAAUUCCUAUUUUGUCCUACUUUUUCGUCCCACAACUCCAAAAAAAUGAAAUCUCA